AGAGAAGGGGCAGCUCUCCCAGCCAUCUUGUGGCAGCAUCCAGCGAGCUGGUCGCAUCAAGCCUCGUAGAAUCGGAGGUGAAUCCCGUUGAAGGGGCGCCAUCAUGCCCGGACACCUGCAAGAAGGCUUCGGCUGCGUCGUAACCAACCGGUUCGACCAGUUAUUGGACGACGAGUCCGACCCGUUCGAGAUCCUGAAAGCUGCCGAAAACAAGAAGAAGGAGGGGGCCGCCGCUGGUUCCACCAAGACCGCGGCUCAAGCCGCCAAGCAGCCGAAGAAGGAGUCACAGAAGGACAGAAAAAACCCGCUGCUGGACAAAAAGGAAGAGUCCCAGGCGCCGGUUCCCCUGAAGAAGGAAGGUAUCAGGCGGGUGGGGAGAAGACCGGACCAGCAGGGCCAGUCUGGAUCCCAGCACCAGGGUGGGCAGGGCGAGGGGCGACCCGGAGACAAGAGGCCGGACCGGAGACCUCCUCGCGAGCGCCGCUUUGAGAAGCCCGCUGAAGACAAGCCUGAGGGAGGUGGAGAGUUCUCUGCGGACAAGCCUUCUGGAGACAGGCCCCCGAGAGGGCGUGGUGGCGGCCGGGGUGGGCGUGGUGGAAGAGGUCGAGGCAUGGGCCGAGGAGACGGCUUCGACUCGCGUGGGAAACGAGACUUCGACAGACACAGCGGCACUGACAAAUCCAAUCAGAAAACUGAGGAGAAGCGCAGUGGCAGUGGCUCACACAACUGGGGCAACGUGAAGGAAGAAGCCAGUGAGGCUGAACAGACUGCAGCUCCAGAGACGACCCCAGAGGGAGAAGAAAACGCACCAGCCGGCUCCGAAAACAAAGAGAACGAGGUCGAGGAGGUGAAAAACGAAGGCCCCAGAGAGAUGACCCUGGACGAGUGGAAGGCCAUGCAGGACAAGGAGCGCACCAAGGUGGAGUUCAACAUCCGGAAGCCCAACGAAGGAGCCGACAGCCAGUGGAAGAAGGGAUACGUGCUGCACAAGUCCAAGAGCGAAGAUAGGCCCGUCGGUGCUCUGAUUGACGCCUCGGAGACGGAAGCAGACUCUCACACUCUGUACCACAAGCCGGGGACCGCCGACGAGUCCGCCGACCACCAUUUCCGCAAACCAGCCAACGACAUCACAUCUCAGCUGGAGAUCAACUUCGGAGACCUGGGCCGCCCCGGCCGCGGGCGUGGGGGCGCGCGUGGAGGCAGGGGAGGCCGCGGCGGGGGAGGCAGCAGGACGGCACGUGGGGGAGGACGGUCCGAAAAGGCCAGUGGAGUGUCAGUCCCCAACGUGGAUGAUCCUGAAGCCUUCCCAGCUCUGGCCUAAAGGCUCCUUCUUUCACCACCAGCCCACCCAUCAGCCCUUCCGGGGCCCCUCCUCUACGAGGCUUGCAUGCUUACCACAUCUUCAAGUAUAUAAGAAAAAACAAAGAGAGAGAGAAAAAAAA